AAAACUAGAAAAAAAAAGUCAAAACAAUGCUAUAACUAUAAAAUAUUUACACAUAUGCCCAACUUCCCAAAAUCAAUUAUUCAUUCUUGAUCUUGAUUCGCACUUUUAAAACCCUAAUUCGAUUCACACAGCUCCUGUGGUUUAAAUUCAUCACAAUCGUUCCAAGAUCUUUCACUCUUCGUCGUGUUCACAGGUUACUUGCAUCCAGAGCCAUAUUCCAUCCGUCUACUAGUCAGUUUAAUAUGGCUACAAGGCUACGGUUUGAAAACUCAUGUGAAAUUGGCGUAUUCACCAAGCUGACCAAUUCUUACUGCUUGGUAGCAAACGAAGGCUCUGAUAGCUUCUACAGCGUUUUUGAGUCCGAGUUAGCUGAUACUAUUCCUGUCGUUAAAACUUCCAUUGGCGGUACAAGGAUAAUCGGAAGGCUUUGCAUUGGAAAUAAGAAAGGUCUUCUCUUGCCUCAUACUACUACCGACCAAGAGCUUCAACACUUGAAGAACAGCCUGCCUGAUGCAGUUGUUGUUCAACGGAUUAACGAGAGGUUAUCUGCUCUUGGUAAUUGCAUGGCAUGCAAUGAUCAUGUUGCUCUUACGCAUACCGAUCUUGACAAGGAAACCGAGGAAAUGAUAGCUGAUGUUCUCGGUGUGGAAGUUUUUAGACAAACAAUUGCAGGGAAUGUUCUUGUGGGGAGUUAUUGUGCAUUUUCAAACAGAGGUGGGUUGGUUCAUCCCCACACAUCAGUUGAAGACUUGGAAGAGCUCUCGACUCUCUUGCAGGUCCCUUUGGUUGCGGGCACGGUUAACCGUGGUAGUGAAGUGAUCGCCGGUGGGUUAACCGUGAAUGACUGGACUGCGUUUUGUGGGUCAGACACUACGGCCACAGAACUCUCGGUCAUUGAGAAUGUUUUCAAGUUGAGAGAAGCUCAAUCUAGUGUUAUUGCUGACGAGACAAGGAAGUCGUUAGUUUCUACGUAUGUUUCAAUCGAAACGAGAACAUUGUUAUUUUCUUUCGAGUUGUAUGUUGUUGUGUUGUCUCCCUUUAUAUGUUGAACUUUUUUUGAUUAAUUCAGUUUUCAUGUUGUCUAUCGCUA